GCGAAUCGCACUUGGUUACCAGUGAUGUUACUCUCCGCAUGCCGCCCGCCGCCCAACCUCUUCCACUGCUCGCGACUUGUGGCGCGUGAGGGGGACACGUGGCUGUACAACCUGACGGCCAGUGACAUGCUGACACGUGUACAGCCCCUAGGAUCCUGCGCCAUGGCGCAGCCUAUCAACAGCAAGGUCUCAGCCAACCAGCGCGUCGCGUAUGCUACAGUGCUACACUCAUCAGAGCACUAUGUGUGCGGCGCAAUAGUACUGGGGCACAGUAUAAGGAGGACGGGGAGCAGGCACGAGAUGGUUGUGCUUGUAUCGAAGGAGAUUCGAGAGGAGAGCAGGCGAGGGCUGAGGGAGGCGGGGUGGACGGUGAAAGAGGUUGAGAGGAUUCGCAACCCCAACGCUCACAAUGGGACUUAUAACGAAUGGAACUACAGCAAGCUGCGGCUGUGGCAGCAGACGGAGUACACCAAGCUGCUCUUCAUUGACUCGGACCUGCUCCUGUUGGCCAACGUUGACUUUCUCUUCUCCUACCCCGAGAUCUCCGCCCGCGGAAACGACGGCUCAGAUUUUAACUCAGGCGUGAUGGUCCUGGAGCCGUCGGAUUGCACGUUCGAGCUGCUGAUGGAAAAUAUUGGGAGAGUGCGAUCGGCCAACGGAGGGGACCAGGUGAGACCACUGCUGUAG